AUGGGUGUUCACUCUCUGUGGGAUAUUGUUGGACCAACAGCAAAGCCAGUCCGGCUUGAGUCCCUCCAGGAUAGGCGUAUGGCAGUGGAUGCUUCAAUAUGGAUUUACCAAUUUCUUAAAGCUGUCAGAGACCAAGAGGGUAAUGCUUUGAAACACUCACACAUUGUCGGUUUCUUCAGGCGUAUAUGUAAAUUAUUGUACUUUGGGAUUAAGCCGGUGUUCAUAUUCGAUGGAGGGGUCCCAACCUUAAAGAGAAGAACUAUUCAACAAAGAAAGGAAAGAAGACAAGGAAAACGAGACAAUGCUGAAAUUACGGCAAGGAAGUUAUUGGCCAUACAGCUGCAAAAGAAAGAAGGCCUUGUAGCUGAGAAAUCGGGUACUGCUGAAGCGAAUAGGGAAACUACCAGUCAAGAGCUGUUCAAACCUCAGGAUGAGUGGCACUUACCUGUGAUACCGGGAUUUCAGUAUGACGAAGACGAUCAAAGAGUGGUUUCUGCUGAGACUUUUGAGAAAAUGGUGCAUUCUAUGGAUGAAGAAUUGGAUAACAUUGAUCUAGACUCUAUAAAUCCUGCUUCGGCAGAGUUCGAUGAACUGCCGAAGUCCACUCAGUAUCUCAUUCUUUCUACGUUAAGGCUCAAAUCAAGGCUAAGAAUGGGCUACACCAAGGAACAAUUGGAAAAACUAUUUCCCAACAGUAUGGACUUCUCGAAAUUUCAAAUCGACAUGGUAAAAAGAAGAAAUUUCUUCACACAGAAACUCAUGGGAGUUACUGGCAUGCAUGAUGGGGGAUCCUCGAAAUUAACCGAAGAAGUGGCCAAAAGAGUGUCCGGUCAGCUUAACAAGGAAUAUAAGCUGACGAAAAGCGAUAGCGGCUGGACACUCGGAUUAGGAGACUUCGAUGGAUCGGAAACGCAGAAAGCUAUUGUUUUGGAUGACAAAGAAGUUGAAGCCUUCAACUACAUUCGAAGCCAUGGUAAUGUUGAUAAUACUGCACAGUCACCGAAGACGGAUAACAAGAAAGGCGAAGGUGAGACGGAUGAGGAAGAUGGCGAAGAUCUUGAGUGGGAGGAUGUCGAUGUCCAACCGCAAAAUGUCCAGGAGCGAGAAGAUUAUUCCAUAAAAGCGGCAAGAUUGCCGAACCUGGAAAGAGAACCGAGUUCAGCUGGGAGCCAAUCUUUUCUAGAUAAACGGUACGAUUACGUUUCACCUAUGAAAAGACCUUACACUAAGGUAGUACGACAUGUUGAGGAUGACAUAGAAGAAGGAGAAGACGAGCAGGAGGAUGAAUAUAAAAGACAACUUGACGAGAUUGAGCUCAUAGAAGCUACCCAGCGAUCGAAAAAUGCGCUGAAACAGUUAACAGAGCAGCAACAACAAGGAUCCAAAAGACAACGAGCUGAUAUAGAUAGCUCAUUGAGCGGCUUCAAACAGCCUAAACUCAAGACGCCAGAUCAGGAAAAAAGAGAUGAGAAUGGAUCUGGAGACAGAACACCUACAUUUGCAUUCACCUCUGAGCAGACGUUGAAUGACCAGGCGGCAUCUACAGACAGCAAUGACUCUUCUAAAGAUAUUGUGAGCUCUGCGGCCACUGGUUUUCCUCUGUCAGAGAACCAACAGAACCUGAAUCACAUCAUCAGUAAGAUUCCUGACUUUAAUUUUGGCUCGGAGGACUCAUUUUUGUUUCAGGGCACUUCAAAGAAUGAUAUAAGAAAUGCUAAAGAGGAUGAGCAGGCUAAAGAAAAGAAGCCCAUCCAAAAACCUCCUGCGUGGUUUGAAAACAACCAAGCGCCAUCAAACCCCUUUUCCGCCUCUCAUUUUGUACAAGAUAGAGCCUAUUCGACGUCUCAUGAUCCCCAGACGAAUGGACCCUUCAAGCUAGUGUCGGGAGCAGACGUUUUGGACCUAGUACAAGGGGCAGAGAAUCACGAUGACGAUGUAGAGGAGCUGAUCGAUGUGGGAGCAAAUGUAGAUGUUGAAGAAGACCAUAAUCUGGCCGCGGUUGAACCGGGGCAACCAAAGAAUGCCAGAAAAGAAGAGAGACAGGCUCUAGCCUUCGAUUAUGAUUUUUCCGAAGAGGAAGAGGAUAGCCUAACGGAGAACAUGAAGAAAGAAGCAGAAGAAUUCGCUAUGUUCCAAAGUUCUCUGAGCAACAAGGUGGUUGACAAAGCCUUUAUAGAAGACGAACUUUUUGAGCAGCAGAUGAAGGACAAAAGGGAUUCCGACGAGGUUACCGGCGACAUGAUCUUGGAAAUACAGGAUUUACUUUCUAGAUUUGGCAUACCUUUUCUCACAGCACCUAUGGAAGCAGAAGCACAAUGUGCGGAGCUUCUGAAGCUAAAGCUGGUUGACGGCAUAAUAACAGAUGAUAGUGAUGUUUUUCUCUUUGGGGGCACAAAGAUCUAUAAGAAUAUGUUCCAAGAGAAAAAUUACGUGGAGUUCUAUGAUGAACAAAGCAUUAUGCAAAACCUUGGUCUCGACCGCGAAAGAAUGAUUGAGCUGGCUCAAUUACUAGGUAGCGACUACACAAAUGGAAUCAAAGGCAUGGGACCCGUAUCCAGUAUGGAAGUUCUGGCAGAAUUCGGAACCCUCAUAAAGUUCCGAGAUUGGUACAAUCAAGGGCAAUUCGAUAAAGAGAAGCAAAAAACAGAGAAUAGCUUUGAAAAGAACCUUAGAAAGAAACUUAUUAAAAAUGAAGUCGUUCUGACGGCAGAAUUUCCCAGCGACCUUGUGCGUGAGGCCUAUCUUCGGCCGGAGGUGGAUCACGAUACGACCGCAUUUUCCUGGGGUACACCAGAUCUCGAUAUGCUUCGCGACUUUAUGAAAGUUCGUAUAGGCUGGCCGCAGGAAAAAGCGGAUGAGAUACUCGUUCCUUUGAUCAGGGAUAUCAACAAGCGUAAGAAGCAGGCAAGGCAGAUGAAAUUGAACGAAUUUUUCCCUUCGACCUACAUGGAGGACAAGAAGCUCCACCUCGGAAAGAGGAUAACAUCUGCGACGGCAAAAUUAAAGCAAAGGAAGAUCAAAUGA